AUGUUGCUGGCAGCAGCAACUGCUGACGGGACAGUGGAUCUGUAUGAGUCGCAAGGAGGACCGAUCGCCGCUACACCACCGAAUCUGUCUCUGCUCACCCGCAUUCCCUUUCCUCCCUCCGAUCCUGCCGAGCCUGAUGCCAAACCUCCCAUGUGCCUUGCCUUGGAUUGGUGGACGGCUGGGGAAUCAGAGGGAGGGAGCGGGAGCCAGGAGGAGCAGGCGGUGGAGACAGAGGAGAGGGGGAGCGGGGAGACUGACAGGGAGGGAGGGGAAGAGAGAAGGAAAGAAUGGCGUGUGAGGAGGGAUCGGAUCGCUGUGAGUCGGUCGGAUGGAUCGCUGGCGGUGGCACGGCAGGGAGAGGGUGGUGCUUGGGUGGCUGAGCACGCGUGGUCAGCACACGAGUUUGAAGCAUGGACAUGCUGCUUCAACAUCUGGAACCCUGAGCUUUUCCUUCAGGUCAACUGCUGCUUCAGGGAUACCACUAUCCGUUGCGACAACACGAUGUGGGGAAGGUUUGGAGGUGGAAAAUCAGUGCCUGGGAGAAUAAAGCUCACCAGGGGUGAGCCUCAGCAAGCCAUAAGUCCGACGAGUGCUGUGCGAGCACGUGAGGGUCCUGAAAUUGAUGCCGCCGAAGUUCUUAGACCUUCUAACGAAGAGAGACAGCUAGCUUCAAAAUCUAGGAUACAAGAGGCUUCUCCACCCGUUGCGGAAACGGCUCCAACUGUAGUAGAGCCAAUGCCGGAGUCAAGAUCCCUGGAUACUGCUAGGGUUGCCAAAUUCCGAAAGGAACUUUCCGCUCCUGCAGUCGACCUAGAUGCUCUUCGGGAACUUUCUUGGAGUGGCGUACCUCCCAAUUUAAGACCAACUGUCUGGCGUCUUUUACUGGGAUACGCACCGCCAAACGCAGAUAGAAGAGAGACAGUUCUGGCCAGGAAACGCCAAGAGUACAGGGAGUGGGUUCCCCAGUAUUAUGACAUUCCAAAUGAAGACCGCAGUGAUGAUGAAAUCCAUACACUUCGCCAGAUUUCUGUAGACUGCCCGAGAACUGUUCCAGAUGUCCCCUUCUUCCAGCAAACCUUGAUGCAGACAGCAAUUGAGCGUGUACUCUAUAUUUGGGCUAUACGCCACCCGGCCAGUGGAUAUGUUCAAGGAAUUAAUGACCUGCUGACUCCAUUCCUCACAGUGUUUCUUUCGGAGAUAUUUGAAGGAGACAUGGAUACCUGGGUAGUUUCAAAGCUUUCUGAAGAUACCCUUUUGCAAGUUGAGGCAGAUAGUUACUGGUGCCUGUCAAAGUUGCUUGACGGCAUCCAAGACCACUAUACUUUUGCUCAGCCAGGCAUCCAGCGCCUUGUUUUCCGCCUUAAGGAGCUUGUGAGAAGGAUUGAUGAGCCUGUUUCUCGGCACAUGGAAGAGAACCACUUGGAAUUUCUUCAGUUCGCGUUCCGGUGGUUCAAUUGCCUGCUAAUCCGUGAGAUUCCAUUUUCUAUUGUGGGAAGAUUGUGGGACACAUAUCUUUCAGAGGGUGAUGGUUUUGCAGAGUUCCUGGUUUACCUAUGUGCAAGUUUCCUGCUCACCUGGUCCGAACAACUUCAACAGAUGGACUUCCAGGAAAUGGUUUUGUUCUUGCAACAUGUGCCAACAAAGAGAUGGACUGAAAAGGAGCUUGACAUGGUGCUGUCACGCGCCUUCAUGUGGAGAGUCAUGUUCAACCGUUCACCUAGGCACUUGAACUCGUCAUAA